AUGCUGCGCCUCUCAGCGGAGCGCUACUGGGCAGAGAUGAAACUUUUUGCGUGUGCCCGGGUGAACAUGAUUCGGGUGUGGGCGGGGGCUCUCAUGGAACGCCCUGAGUUUUACGACGCCUGUGAUCGCCUUGGAAUACUAGUGUGGCAGGAGUUUUGGAUAACAGGCGACUGCAAUGGGCGCGGCCUCCCCCCAUCUGACCCCUCGUGGCCGCUGGACCACCGCCUCUUUCUCGCCUGUGCAGAGGACAGCAUCCGCCUGCUGCGCAACCAUGCCAGCCUGGCGCUCUGGGUGGGCGGCAACGAGACCAUGCCUGCUCCCGACCUCAAUGAUUCACUCAAGAGCAUGCUGCGGCUGUAUGAUGGUGCGUGCGGUGGUGUGGGGUGGUGUGGAGUGGGUGGUGUAUGGGGUGGAGUGGGUGGUGUAUGGGGUGGUGUGGGGUGGUGUAUGGGGUGGUGUGGGGUGGUGUGGGGUGGUGUAUGGGGUGUGGGGUGGUGUGAAGUGGUGUAUGGGGUGGUGUAUGGGGUGGUGUGGGGUGGUGUAUGGGGUGGUGUGAGGGUGUAUGGGAUGGUGUGGGGUGGUGUAUGGGAUGGUGUGGGGUGGUGUGAGGUGGUGUAUGGGGUGAUCGGGGGUGGCUCUCUGGCUGACGAACCCUCCUUCCCCAUCCGCCCCUCCUUUCCAGCCACGUCUGACCCAGACCCUUCGCUGCUGCUGGACGGCACAAGGGCGUACAUAGAGGGAUCCCUAUGGGGCGGCUUUGCUGACAGCAAGGGCGGCUGGACGGACGGGCCUUACGGUAUUCAAAACCCCGAAGAUUUCUUCUGCCCGGAUUACUACCCGUACGCGUUUAACCCUGAGAUCGGUUCCGUUGGGGUGCCCGAGGCCGAAAGUCUGCGCGAGUUUUUUCCCGAGAGUGAUUGGAGCCCCCCGGUGUUUGGGAGGGCGUGGGAGGAGUGUGGAGGGGAGUGUGUGGAGGAGGAGAGUGACGGGUGGAAGGUGCAUACGUACAUACCGUACAGCAUGGUGGGCGCGGAGCCAAAGGGAGGGGGCGAGAUGGCCAACUACCUGCAGUACCGGUCGCUCUUUGAGGCAUGGGGUGCGCGCAUGUGGGAGCGCUACACGGGGGUGCUGCUGUGGAAGGGGCAGAACCCCUGGGGGGGGCUGCGCGGGCAGCUGUACGACCACCUGCUGGCGCCCACUGGCGGGCUGUACGGCGUGCGCUGCGCCCUGGAACCAGUUCACGUGCAGCUGGACUUACACUCGGGGAAAGUGCAGUUACAAAAUCGAACUCAAAGUCGGGCACUGGAGGGCCUGCGCGGGCAGCUGUAUGACCACCUGCUGGCGCCCACUGGUGGGCUGUACGGCGUGCGCUGUGCCCUGAAGGCCUUUUACGUGCAGCUGGACUUACACUCGGGGCGAGUGCAGGAGCCCGUUUACGUGCACCUGGAUGACACCCGGACCUUCCCGUCCAUCUCCCUCUGCUCCGUCCCUUCCCCAGUCUACGCCCAUCAGGUGGUCAAAACCACACCCUGCACUCUCUCCUCCCUCUCACACCCGUCAUUCACUGCACACACACUACCCUCAUCGCACUGCUUUCCCCCUCUCCCCCGUCCCUUCCCCCUCUCCCCCGUCCCUUCCCCCUCUCCCCCGUCCCUUCCCCCUCCCCCCUCCCCCGUCCCUUCCCCCUCUCCCCCGUCCCUUCCCCCUCUCCCCCGUCCCUUCCCCCUCUCCCCCUCCUGCGCCCAUCAGGUGGUCAACACCACAGCCCGUGCUCUCUCCUCUCUCGCUGUGGAAGCUUCCAUCCACCUUCCCACCGCCCUCGUCACUCGCGUUGGCCCUCGUCACUCGCUUGCCCGGGAUUCCGUGCUUCCCCUCGUCAUGCGUUUCCCUUCGUCGCGCGCGUUUCCGCUCGUCGCGCACGCACCUUCUCGUCACACGCGCUUCCGCUCGAUGCGCGCUCUCCUCCCCUUGUCACGCGCGUUUCCCCUCGUGACGCGCACUCCUUCCCUCGUCACCAGCUCAAUCAUUCAAUCGCAAUCUAUUGUCCUUUUCCUCACCUGCUUCCCCCCUCCCUCCUCCCUGCUUCCCCUCCCCCUCCUCCCUGCUUCCCCCCUCCCUCCUCCCUGCUUCCCCCCUCCCUGGGCCCUGCUUCCCCCCUCCAUCCCCCCUGCUUCCCCCCUCCUCCCCCUGCUCCCUCCGCCCUGCUGGCCCCCUCCCUGGGCCCUGCUUCCCCCCUCCCUCCGCCCUGCUUCGCCCCUACCUCCGCCCUGCUUUCCCCCUCUCUCCGCCCUGCUUCCCCCCUCCAUCCCCCCUGCUUCCCCCCUCCCUAGGCCCUGCUGCCCCCCUCCCUCCGCCCUCCUUCCCCCUCCCUCCGCCCUCCUUCCCCCCUCCUUCUGUCAUGCUCCCCUCAUCCCUCCGCCUUGCUUCCCCCCUCCCUCCACCCUUCUUCCCCCCUCCCUCCGCCCUGCUUCCCCCUCCCUAUACCCUGCUUCCCCCCUCCCUCCGCCCUGCUUCCCCCCCUCCCUCCGCCCUGCUUCCCCCCUCCCACCGCCCUGCUUCCCCCCUCCCUGCGCCUUGCUUCCCCCCUCCCUGCUUCCCCCCUCCCUCCCCCUGCUUCCCCCCGUCCUCCGCCCUGCUUUCCCCCCCCCCUGCGCCCUGCUUCCCCCCUCCCUCCGCCCUGCUUCCCCCCUCCCUCCGCCCUGCUUCCCCCCUCCCUCCGCCCUGCUUCCCCCCUCCCUCCGCCCUAUUUCCCCCCACCCUCAUAGAGGUGAGCGUCACGCACCAGGUGCCUUCUCGUCACGCGCGCUUUCUGCUCGUCGCGCGAUCUCCUCCCCUCGCCACGCGCGUUUCCCCUCCGCCACUCCAAUUGAGAAGCGUUUGUCCUUAUCGCCAACCCCUACCCACGUCGCCAUCAACACCAUCGUGUGUAGCAACUCCCCCAUACGCCCUCGCUCCUUCCAGCCGCAGCAACUCCUUCCAUACUGA